UUUUACUCUUCCUUGACAUAACUCCCAUAGUGUUUUAUUCUCUUGCUUGGAUCCCAAAAUGUCUAAAUCCACUUCUCCCCUUGACACCAGUCCAGCCAUCCGACCGACCCACACCCCCUUCGGAGGCCGUUUCGUGCGCGUUGAACCCCUAGCCGAGCAGCAUGUAGACGAUCUAUAUCACCACAUUGGCCUGACCGAACACACCUCGCUUUGGGACUACCUCCCGUUCGGGCCCUUUGCGGACAAGCCCACCUUCACCCAGUUCCUCCGCACGCUAAUCACUCAUGCCGACAGCGUCUUCUACGCGGUGGUCGACCUAGCCCGCAACCAAGCCGUCGGCCUGCUCAACUUCAUGCGCAUCGACCUGCCCAACCGCGUCGUGGAGAUCGGGUCGGUGGUCUUCUCCCCCCUGCUGCAGCGCACGACGGCCGCGACGGAGGCGUUGUACUUGCUUGCGCGGGCAGCAUUUGAGCAGUUCCACUUCCGACGGCUGGAGUGGAAGUGCAAUGACCUGAAUGCGGCGUCGAAGCGGGCGGCGGUGCGGUUGGGCUUCACGGCCGAGGGGGUCUUUCGGCAGCAUCUGAUCGUCAAGGGGAGGAACCGUGACACUGCUUGGUUCUCGAUUCUGGAUGGCGAGUGGCCCGCAAUAAAGGGGGGCUUUGUGAAGUGGUUGGACCCGAGCAAUUUCGAUGAGGAGGGGCUUCAGCGGGCGAGGUUGGAGGCUUUGCGCGGAUUGUAGGCAAGGGUCCAGUCCAGCCGUUCUAAUCUCGGCUCGGGGACAGUGGUAACCGUUGAGGAGAAUCAGAAAUUCUGGAUUAGAUAUGGUGACAUUGGCACUAGAUUGAUGGGUAGCAUCGAUUUAAUAUAGCAUCAGAUUUAGCCCCGGUGGUCUUCUUGGCAGGUGUUGGUAGACGAACCCCU